CCUGCUUCCAGCCAACACCCUCCCGGCCUCGCCAUUCUUGUAUUAUUCCCCCCCCCCCUCCUCCGCCCUUCUCCCCUGCAGUAUGUGUCUAUAAACUGCACCACACACACACCACUCACACACGCACGCACACACACGCACACAGCAUCGAAAGGUCGUGCCCCCCCAGAUGCUAGGUGGCUAAGUUACCGCUUAAUCGUAUAAGGGACCCUGUUGAUCUUACUGUUGUGUGGCUCCGGCGUCGUCUUACCGAGUCCUUGCAGGCUACACAGAGCAACAGAGCUAUAGUACCAUUUAGUAAGAGCCCAGAGAGCCACGAAGGAUCAGGACCGCGCCGCUCUCCAUAAUGGCCAAGAUGAUAGAGAUCGAGGCGACAAGCCCAUCCGCCCCGUCUCAGCUGCGCACAGCAAUAUCGACUACCACUACUACGCCGCCGGCCGCCGUCGCCGCUAAUCCGGAUCCUAGCGCGCCGCCCGUCAAGCGCCGAGCCCCUAUAGCCUGUCGAAGCGAUUUUCCCUCCCGCGGCGACCUAGAUCAGGACCGGCUAUUCCGGCAUCCACGGCAGAGGGCCGACAAGCGGGCCAGGAGGGAGCGGGAGGCGGCGACCAGCGGGACGCCGCCGUCACCGGGCGUGUCGCGCCCCGACGGGCUCCUCGCGAGCUACCGGCCGCCGCGCGUGGACGACGAGUGGGCGCUGCUGCCGGGCGUCGACGCGGUGGUGGCGAGCAUCGAGGCCUUCACGCGGCACUACUACCAGCUGGGGUUCAUCCCGAAGAAGCGGUUCCCGCGGCAGGUGCGCGAGAGCCCGGCGACGGCGAGCGGGUUCCUGCUGCUAGCCAUCCUGGCGGUGGCUGCGCGCUUCGACGACGACGGCCGCGGCGGCCUCGCCGCCGCCGCCGAGUACAUGCGCCGCGCCCAGCACCUCGCAAUCCACGAGCUCUACCAGCAGCCCACCCUCGAGCGCUGCCAGGCCUUCUACCUCCUGAGCAUUGCCGAGCAGGGCAGCGGCAAAUCUAACACGAGCUACAUCAGCGCCGGCAUCGCCUUCCGAAUGGCCGCCCUGAUGCGCCUCCACCGCGAGGAGGCGUACAGCCGCAUCACGGCCCAGUCGCCGAUCGAGCACCGGAUCCGCGCCGAGUCUGCGCGACGCACGUUUAAGUCCAGCGCCGCCAAUCCUCUCUCUCCCUUCCUCUUCUUCCCGCGAGCAGCCAGCCAGCCAGCCAGCCAGCCAGCCCAGCUAACCAACCACCUCCCCGCCGUCACGGCCGCGGGCGAGCCAACGACACAGUGGAUGCUACACAGCCAAGACAAUCUCACGUCGGGGCCGUACAAGCCGUCGUCGCUCGCGCCGAGCGACAUCACGGCGCUAUUACCGAGCGACGAGGCCGAGUUUGAGGCGGGCCGGGUGCCCGCCCUGCGCGCGGCGCUCGCCGGCACGCCGCCGGCGCUGCGCGACCCCGCGCUCGCCUCGCUGCCGUCGCGCUCCCUCUUCGCCUCCCUCAUGCAGGCCCACGACCUCUGGGGCACCGUCGCCCGCCGCGUCCUGCUCUCCUCCUCCGCCGGCCGCGGCCGCGGCCGCCCCGCCGCCCCUGACCACCCCGACGGCGAAUACGCCCGCCUCGAUCGCCGCCUCCGCGACUUCGAGCGCGCCCUGCCCCGCGACCACGUCUUCAGUACCGUGCUGCUCAGCGCCCACCGGUACUACGCUCAGGAUCUGGCGUACCUUGGUCUCACCGGCUGCAUCCGGCUGUGCCACAUUGUGCUGCGCAAGGAGAUGAUCCGACUCGCGCAGGGUGACCCGACGACGUGCCCAGAGGUCCGGUUCUACAAGACGAUGGCGGAGGAGCUCUUCUUCAACGUGCGGAAGCUGUACGAGCAGAUCGAGGCGCACUUCGAGGAUGGCGUCACCAUUGGUCGCGUGGGCUCCCAGAUGGCGGGCUUUAUCAUCUACGGUUGCGGGCUGCUCGCAUCGUACCUGUGCAAAUUCCCCCAGCGUAAGGACCGCUUGCUGCCACAUGCUCCCCUCCCAACGAAGCCGGCGAAGAAGACGAGUCCCGCUGACCAGAUCCCAGUCGACGUCCACCGGCCGGGCCAGGACCUCGAGGAGAUCCGGGCCGAGGGCCGGACGAUGUACGCGCGCGUGGUGGCGGUGCUGCGCGAGUGCCAGAAGGUCUGGCCGCUGGCCGAGACGUGGUGCAACGGCCUCGAGAAGUGGCACGAGGACGCGAACCCGGAGCGCACCUCCUUCGAGGCCGGCACCAUGACAGACGGGAAAGAGCCCCAGCCCUACGCGCUCAGCGUGAUGCGCCCUCGCGGGCCGGCCGCCGAGGCCGUCGACUUCGGGCGGCUGCGCGCAGCCGCCUCGGCUACGCCGCCAACGCCGACGACGCCGCGCGCGGACGACGGACAGCUGCCGCCGCCGCCUGAGCCCGCGUUUGCGCACCAGGUGUAUCUGCCGCCGCUGGCGCAGGGGCCGGCGCCCCGCGCGCUGCCGCCGCCGUACCGCUACGCCGCGCCCUCGCCGCCGCGCCCCCUGGGCCACGCCGGCGCCCCGCCGGCGCCGCCGCACGCGUACCUGCUGCCGCACCACGCGUACCCGCUGCCGCUGCCGCUCGCGCUCGCGCACGCGCCGCACCUGUCGGCCGCCUCCUCGCCGUCCCCGCCGCGCCCGUACUCGUCGCCACCGCCCCUGUACUACGCGGCGCCGCCGCCGCCGACGACGACCAUGAUGGGAGCCGCGCCGGGCGUCGUGCUCGACGACGGCUUCGACAGCAACCUGCAGAUGCUCGUCGACGGGGCCGGCGGGCCGUGGAUGCCGGCGGCCGACGAGAUGGACGCGGUGGAGGCGGCGGCCGCCGCCGCCGCCGAGGCCGAGGCCGGCGCGCUGUACGCCGGCGCCUACGACAUGCUGCCCAGCUAUCUGCCGUAGGCCGGCGGGGAAGGGCAGCCAGCCUCUGGGAGAGAGAGCGGGAACGGCAGAGGGUCGCCGCCGCCGCGAGAACUGGGCAGAACGAAAAGAACACCCCGUGGCAGAAACGAGGAGGACGGGCGUGCAGGCACUGGGGAAUAACCCGGCCUCUGGCCCACGGGGAAGUAGCGAGAGAGCGAUAGAACGGAACGGAUCGGAUCGGAAACAGAUCGGAAAGGGCGGAGCGUGCGGGAUGGGAGGGAGACUGUUUCAGCGGAGGCCGCGCCAGGCCAAGAGGGAGGAACGGCGUUUGGGGUUCGGAAGAGGGGGG